AUGCCUAUCUUCCAUCGCGAUUCCGCGGCCAGUUCCUCCUCGGGGUCGCGCCGUAGUGCGGAAGCCCCAAAUCAUCGCCCCAGCUCCAACAUAUUCAGCAGCCGGUCUUCUCAGUCCUCUGCCACAUCUUCUGGGGGUUCUCGUCACCGCCGAAGUAGUAUCUCACGCCAUACCCCCGAAGACCCGAGCAUCAAAGCCGCCCAAGAGCGGGUUUUCCGCGCUGAGGCAGCCGAGCGCGAAGCCGACAGGGCUCUGAUAGCAUCGAAACGGGCCGUCCAGGAAGCCAGAGAUCAUGUCAAAUAUUUGGAACGGGAAGCAGCAGAAGAGGCCCGUCUGGCGAAGAUCAAGCAAAACCAGGCGAAAUCCAUUUCUAAACGCGCGAAGCCACUGGGUCAGGACGCUAACCAACUUCCAAAUUCCAUGAUCCUCUGUGACCGAGAGCAGUGGACCAAUGAUGUCGAGCUUUAUGCGCCGGGUUACUUGGCUCUCGAGGCGGAAGGGCUUGGAGGAGAGUACCCCUUCACCAGUCUCGCUGCACCAGAGUCUGUUGGGUCAAUUAAGAAGCAGGUUAUGACCAAGGUGCUGGACCCAAGUUUCACACACCCCAACUUCUCAUUCAUCACUCCGAGUCGGUUUCCAUGA